AUGGCACCGUCAUCGAAGAGAGCCCUGAUAGCAGUGAGCUCGUAUAACGAACCCUUUUACAAGGAUGGCUCGAAAACCGGAGUUUUUGUCGUUGAAGCGUUGCAUCCAUUUGAUGCACUAACAGAAAAAGGGUUCGAGGUUGAUAUUGUUUCCGAGACGGGAUCGUUUGGGUACGACGAACACUCUCUUUCUCCUGAUUUCCUCAAUGGUCGUGAUCUGGAGGUGUUUGAGGAUCCAUCCUCCAAGUUCAACAUGGCGAUGGCAAAUGUCAAAAGGGCGAGUGAUCUGAGGCCAGAAGACUACUCGAUAUUUUUCGCCUCUGCAGGUCAUGCAACUCUGUAUGACUAUCCGAAAGCCGGGGGGCUUCAUGUUCUAGCCUCCAAGAUUUAUGCGAACGGUGGUGUGGUCGCCGCAGUAUGUCAUGGGCCAGCAAUAUUUGAGGGCUUGAUGGAUGAAAGCACUGGGAAACACAUUAUACAAGGCAAGUCUAUCACCGGUUUCACUGAUGUUGGUGAAAAGAUGCUGGAUGUGGACAGUAUAAUGGAAGCGGAUAAGCUCCACAGUAUUGAAGAUGUCGCUAGGAUAUGUGGAGCCAAGUAUUUACCACCAAUAGGCCCCUGGGAUGAUUAUUCGGUGACGGACGGUCGCAUCGUUACUGGUGUCAAUCCUGCCUCAGCGCAUUCAACUGCCGUCAGAGCGAUUAAUGCCCUGCGGACUGGGUAG